AUAAUAAGCGUCUGGACGAGUGGGUUGAAGAAGAUCGAUUAGAUACAAGAAAGAUUCAGUAUCCUCGUCGAGAUUUGGCAUCUGCAGCUACGACUGGUCUUAAUACACCAAAAAAGACACUAACUGGCACCACCAAUUCACGUCCAUCUUCUCCAGGAUUGACUCCAGACCCAAUCACAGGCCCAUCAGUGUUAGCUGCCUUGCAGCAAAAACAACAGAAGAACAGAAAGAGGAAGUUGGAUCACACUGAGAGCAAGUCUCCACCUACACAGGAGGAUGAAGGUCGCCGAGCAUCUAUUGGAAGUGCUAUUGGAGGGUCCAUGGGGAGUUUGUGUGACAUUGAGAUACCUCCUCUAAUAACUCAACAGCAGACUGUUCCUAGACAGACUGGCUCUCUCGCCACCCACUCUGACGACCAUGCCAUCACUCGUAUAAAAAAUAUGAAGAUGAUCGAGCUUGGAAAAUAUCGGAUAAAACCUUGGUAUUUCUCCCCUUAUCCACAGGAAAUAACAAAUUUGGAUUGUAUCUACAUAUGCGAAUUCUGUUUGAAGUACCGCAAAAGUCGGAAGUGCCUAGAAAGACACCUUCAAAAAUGCCCCUUCAAACAUCCACCAGGCAACGAGAUUUAUCGAAAGGGAUCCAUAUCAUUUUUUGAGCUCGAUGGGCGUAAAAAUAAAUUAUACGCACAAAAUUUGUGUCUUCUGGCAAAACUUUUCUUGGAUCACAAGACCUUAUAUUACGACACUGACCCAUUUCUGUUCUACGUUAUGACCGAGUACGAUGCUCGGGGAUAUCACAUAGUGGGCUACUUCUCAAAGGAGAAAGAAUCAUCAGAAGACUACAAUGUGGCCUGUAUAUUAACUUUGCCUCCUUAUCAGCGAAAAGGUUAUGGAAAGCUUCUUAUUGAAUUUAGUUAUGAACUUUCAAAAUUUGAAGGCAAGACAGGGUCACCAGAAAAGCCACUCAGUGACUUGGGAUUACUCUCUUACCGAUCUUACUGGAAACAGACUAUACUCGAGAUCCUAAUAGCACUCAAACCUCAAGAAGGGCAAGAAAAGCCGCAAUUAACAAUCAAGUGGGUCUGCUUUUGGUUGAAUGAGAUCUGCGAGCAGACAAGCAUCAAGAAGGAAGAUGUUAUAUCGACACUAACUAAUUUAGAAUUAAUAAAUUAUUAUCGUGGGCAGUACAUUUUAACUUUAAAUAAAGAUUUAGUUGAAAGCCAUAGAAAAAUUAUGGAGAAGAGAAAAAUCAGAAUUGACUCGAAAUACUUACACUGGACCCCGAAAGACUGGGCGAAGAGAGGAAAAUGGUAAUUAAUAGAGGAAUCGUAAAAAAAAAAAAUUGCCUCAGUACAGUACAUUACCUGAAUUGCAUGUAUGCAUACCAAUAAAUACAUAGUGCAGUGAUAAUGUAUAUAAAUAUUGUAAACUUAGAAAUAAAUAUAUCUACAUGUACAGUAUUAUACACAAGUGAAAUAAAAUAUUGUGCAUUUUUUAACCAAUAAAUUAAAAUAAAAGUCA